AUGCAAACCUUCUGGCUCAUUCCCAACCUGGUGACUUCUGUCGUUUCCACCGCAGGGGGUAUCAUCGCACUGAUCAACCCCUCGUCCCUGUCAGGCUCGAAAAAGGUGACGGAUGGGGAGCUCUACUACCAGCGCAUGUACACGGCUCGCGCUAUACCCCUGGGAAUACUUUCGGGAAUCCUCCCUUUCUACUUCCAGGGGCCCAUGACAUCCUCGGUUCUUCUCGCGGCAGCAGCAGUUCAAGCUUUCGACGUGGCUAUCGGAGCUGGCAAGGGAGACCAAGGGAUGGUUGUUGGGGCUUCCGUGGCGACUAUUCUUCAUAUGACCUGCUUCUUUUCGCUCAAAUGA